AUGGCUACAGCUUUGAGAUUUACCUGCCAUGGCUUCACCAUUCACUCGCGGCAGCAAAAGUCAGGCCGGGCUAGGGUUGUCCGAUUUCCGGUACUCUGCUACUCCUCGCCGCCGCAUUCCACCGGAGAAGACGACUCCCAGUCUCUUAAGAAGGAAAAUGAAGAUCAUCUGGUUCUGCUGGAAAAAUACGGAAAUGGCACCUCCAAAAGAUAUAUUGUGGAAAGUGAUUCUCAUGUUAGAACAGUUCUUGAGGAACGAACGCCUGAAAAAGUCGUCUUUCGAGAGUCGGGUACUUUGGAGGCUGCCAUUGAUUUAUAUUGGCUUCCUAAAGUCAUCAAAGAUUUCAUAUUGCCUGCUGGAUUCCCAGAUUCAGUUUCGGAUGAUUACUUGGAGUACAUGUUGCUUCAGUUCCCAACUAAUGUUACGGGGUGGAUAUGUCAUACGUUGGUCACAUCCAGUCUUUUAAAGGCUGUUGGAGUAGGCUCUUUUUCAGGAACUACAGCAGCAGCUUCAGCUGCUGCCAUUAGAUGGGUGUCAAAGGACGGCAUUGGUGCUCUUGGGCGCUUAUUCAUAGGUGGAAGAUUUGGUAAUCUUUUUGAUGAUGAUCCUAAACAAUGGCGCCUUUAUGCAGACUUCAUUGGCAGCGCCGGAAGCAUAUUUGAUCUCAGUACGCCAUUAUAUCCUGGUUAUUUUUUGCCGUUGGCUUCAUUAGGAAAUCUUGCCAAGGCAGUGGGCAGAGGUUUAAGAGAUCCUUCAUUUCGCGUGAUACAAAACCAUUUUGCAAUAUCUGGGAAUUUGGGAGAGGUAUCGGCCAAGGAGGAAGUCUGGGAAGUAGUUGCUGAGCUGGUUGGCCUUGCUUUAGGCAUAAUUGCUCUGGAUACACCUAGUAUUUCGUCUUCAUAUCCCAUGUUGGCUUGGACAUGGCUCGGUUUGCGGCUUCUUCACCUCUGGUUCCGUUAUCUGUCCCUUUCAGUUCUCCGCUUUAAUACGAUAAACCUCAAGCGUGCUCGUAUAUUGGUGAACUCGCAUAUUAUAUACCAAAAUGUUCCAGGAAUCAAUGAAUGCAACAGGAUGGAAAAUUUAUUGGUAUGGGAAAGAUUUCUUAAACCAAGAAUUGUAUUUGGUGUGCCAUUGGAAGAGAUGAUUGUUGGCAAUAAGCGUGGAUCUAUGGUGAGGAUACUUCUCGAAUUGUAUAGGGAGGAAGAAUAUCUUCUUGUUGUGAACCAACUGCAAACAGAACUCAAGAUUCUCGUGUCGUUUAAGGAAGGAGCUACUAGUUUGUCGGUUUUACGAAGCGUGUGGCAAUCCUAUUGGCUCCAUGAAAACUGGACCAGAUCAGAUAAUAAUGCCAUCACGUUACUCGAACAAAGCUUGGUUGAAUUAGAUGAUAAAUUUGAUGAAUUUUGGGUACAGCUAGAGCAGUCUGGAUGGGAUAUUGAUCGGUUAAAUCUGAAGGUUCCAAUGGAAAUUUCGAUUGAGGAAAACAGGGGGAAAACCCUAAAACUAAAACCCGCGCGGAUUUCCAAAACAAACGCCAAAAAUGGCUGUAACGAUUCACGUCCCUCAAUCUCUACACUGCACCUCUCCUUCAGCCACCUAUUCGCCGGCCGCGUUCGGCGUUCUCCUCCGCCAUCGGGCACUCUGGAAAUGACGUGUUCCUCGGCGAGGAGACGCGGGCGGCUGACUGUGCCGAACCCGAAUCAGCUAAUCCUCCGACGGAGCUCAGGGGAGAGCCGAUGCCAAGGCACGUGGCAGUCUUCAUGGACGGGGGAACUGGAGCUGGACCCGGACGAAGGAGUGCAAGUCUGGUCGGGCUACGAGGCGGGCGUUCGGGCCCCUGAGGAGGAUCGUGAAGCUGUGUGGCGACUUGGUGGGAUUAAUGUGCUGACGGCGUUUGCGUUUUCAUCUGAUAAUUGA